AACAUCGGAGACCGCGAUCUGGCAAGUUUGCGCUGUGCGUUCUCCUAGUUCAGACCAGACCCUGCUGGCAGGAGUCAGAAACAUGAAAUUCGCCACUUCUUUAGUUCUCAUUGUUUGCUGUUGGUCAUUCGGCCAGGGCCAGCUUCCCACCAAGAACACAUUUUUCUCCGGUGGGAAAUCUACUCCACCUGGUGGAAUGACAUUUCCUUCUGGUGGAAUGACCCAGCCUAGCGGACGAACUGCUCCCCCUAGUGGAAUGACUUUUCCAUCUGGCGGAAUGACGCGUCCUAGCGGACGAACUCCUCCACCUAGUGGAAUGACUUUUCCAUCUGGCGGAAUGACGCGUCCUAGCGGACGAACUCCUCCACCUAGUGGAAUGACUUUUCCAUCUGGCGGAAUGACGCGUCCUAGCGGACUAACUCCUCCACCUAGUGGAAUGAGUUUUCCAUCUGGCGGAAUGACGCGUCCUAGUGGACAAACUCCUCCACCUGGUGGGAUGACAUUUCCGUCUGGCGGAAUAACGCGUCCUAGUGGUCUGCCUGGAGGAAUAACGUUUCCGCCCAUAAUGAAGAUAGACUUUCAGUGCCCUAAGGAGUGCAUGACUUGUCAAAAGCUAAAGAACCCGUUAGAAAAGCCCUGCACAGCUGUGGAUGACUACGGAAAUACAAAAGCAGAUUUUGAGAAAACACUGACCGCUAAACAGAAAGAGGUUUUCCAAGAAAUCAAGGAUUUAGGCACGUUCGAAGCAAACUUGGAAUCUCGUACAUGCGGUGGUAUGGUGCGACACAUCGAAAAAUAUGGAAGUAUGAGCAGGACAGAUAAGGAUAAUCUGAAGAAUUUCCUUAAAGACCCGAGCUCUGUCAGUGCCCUUAACAUGAAAAAGUUCCCCAAAGAGGUCUUCUCCUCGCUGAAAGAGGACAAUAGCACGUUCGUGUUUCAAAACAUGGAUAAAAAACAGAAAGUGGUACUCUGCGAGGGCCUGCUGCUCACAGAUUGCUUGACCAGAAUGCAAAUCGUCAAAAAGAUCGACUGCGGACGCGCACUAGUCGAGGGUGGUAAAACUAUAAAAGCCACUGAGGCCAAGAUCAUGAUGGAUGUGCGAAGCUGUGGGAAAUGGGACAGAGAAAAAUGGAAUCUAACCCUGCAAAACUUUCCGGAAAUCCUGCAAGCUGACUGUCUGAAAGCCGCCCCCACCGACCUUCUAUUGGAGAACAUGGACGUAAUGAGCGGGAAAUGCAGUGAUUUCAAUAAACGUGACAUUGAGGUGUUCGCCAACAUCACUAGUGCGAAAAUCAAGGAGAAGAAGACCAGCGGUCAGAUGCAACAGAAAGAAAAGGAUGACUGGGUCAAACUCUUAUCUAAAUGUGGUGCGGAUCCCUCAUAUUUCAAGGAUAUUCUUGAUCCUAAAGAGACUUUAAGAACUGCUGAUCUAAGCAAAGCAUCAAAGACAGAGAGAAGCAAGUUUCUAGAGGAUGCCCUGAAAACCGUACAGCCAUCCGAAUUUUCCAAGGACGAGAUCGUAAAUGCUGUUGGGGCAUUGGCCAAUGACAGGAAGGUGUUACGUCAGAUGAACGCCUCUGCCAUUGAAGGAGCCGCUUGUGACGUCUGCAGUAACGCAGCUAACAUCGACAAGUCUGAUAUGAGAAAAUUUGCAGAGGUUGUGAUGGAGCAGCCGUCUUUCAAUGACCCCUCCUCCUUUGACCAAUCCACGUUUGCCUGUAUGGGAUGUAUGAUGUCCUACAUGAAGAAAAGUUCUUUUGAGAGCAUCCCUGAUUCUGCACUGCAGUCCGCCAUUACUUCCGGUGACGUGAAGGAGAUGAAGAUGUCAUCAAAAAGAAUGGGAAAGAAAGUUUUGACCAACGCCAAAACAGCGUUUGGAAAACCCAAUGGAGACUUCUCUGACGCCGAUCUGAAGAAAAUGAAGGGUGCUUUGGGGUCCUUUGAACCGGAAGACAUUGACAAGAUCCCUGAUGGCUCCUUCACUGUUGACGUCCUGAAGGAUUUUGAAGAGGCAUUCUCCUCCGAUGACAACCCAAAGAAGUCUCUGAAAGCCAAACUCGUUGACAAAGUAAAGAAGCAGGCUGGCGGCAUUGCAAAGUUGAUUGAGAAUGGUCUGGGUAAGGAACUGUCACCUGCAGAUCUCGAUGACGCCCCACUCUCUAGCUUCCCGGAUCUCCUUGGCGAGAACGGCGAGAGCACAAUCAAAUGCAACCGGAAGCAGGCCCGUGUUUACAUGAAGAAAGUGAAGAACGCCUUGGGCGAUGUCAAUGGUACGGAUUCUAACUUCACGCUGGCGAGGUUAUCCAACAUGAAGCCGUUCCUGAAUGGACUGGAGGACAAAGAUCUGAAAAAGAUAGAACAGGACGCGGAGUACUCGGACAAACUGCACACCAUCGCCAAGGCUCCGGACAUGUCACGUGAACAGAUGAAGACCCUGACAGACAUGUACAAAACGUACUCCAAAAUCGACUCCACAGAUGAGGCCACCUUCUCUGGUGCUGUUGACAGCAGCACAGUAGACACCAUGGCUCCACAAAUUCUCGCUAUGUUGAGUAAAUCCCAGCUGAAGAAAUUUGGCACAGCUAAUUGCGAAGCUGUCGUUCAACGAUUGGCCGAAGUAGACGACAAGAAAUUAACAAAAGACGAACUGAAGGAAAAGUUUGAGUUCUUCAAAGAAUGCAAGAGUAAGUCCUCCGGUACUUUGACCUCUGAUGACCUCUCUGAGGCAGGAAACACUCUCUGUGGUAUCGAUUCCGCUGCCCCCGACCGAAUGGAUGCCGACGCUAUGGAGAAGAUGGCCCCUACCCUUCAGAAAUGUAAUUUGGAUUCAACAACAAGAAAGAAGGUUGCCUCGAACAUCAUCAGCAAGAUGUCAAUGACUGACACAAGCCAAAUCAAAUCCUCGGGAUAUUUGGUCCUUGGUCAUUUCAUGUCAGAACUGUCUGACAGCCAACUAGCCUCCAUGGAUAAGGACACGGUGAAUGACGUAACAGACAAAUUAAUGGAGUCGUUCAAAGAUAGCGAUGACACAAGGAAAGAGAGAACGAAGAAUGCUGUGGCCAAAGAAGCAGAAAAAACGGAAGAGGAUGAGUUCAAGAAAGGAAAGAGGAAGGUUGUAGAGUUUGUGGUCGGCGUCAAGGAGAGUCUUGGCAGUCAGCAAGCGUCUGGCAGACGGAGGAGGUCCACAGCUUCCCUUACAUGCACGGAUUUGACAUCCAUCGGAACUACGGGAUUGUCGGCACUGACUACCACACAGAUCAGCAACAUCCAGGACCAGGAUUUCAAGGACUGCGCAGAAUUGUUAGGGUCCGUCUCUGAUUGGUCCGACGCCCAGAAGGAGGCAUUGGUGGUUGUAGCCAAAAGAUCAACGGUUUGGAACACGCCGUCCUCCUGGACCACCACUUACGUGUACUCCGCCGGGUCCUUCAUCGAGGGACUCACCGCAACAGAGAUCGCUACAAUCCCCAUCAAUCUGGACUCCAUAUCUCGUAUGGGAACCUUUAGCUCCUGGACUGAUAGCAAGAAACAAGCCGUAUUCGAUCGGUGGUUGAGUUAUGAAAAAUCCUCCAGCGCUGCCACUGUUACAUCCAGCGAACUCCGAUCUCUCGGUCACUUGACCUGCGGCGCCAGUACCAGCCACAUUUCCUCAAUCCAGUCUUCAGUCUACAAGGCAUCUGCUGAUACUGUUGGUGAGGUCACCACUUGUUCCGAAUUCCAACUGCAGCAAUGGAUUGCGCAUGCCAAGACCGAAUACGGAAGUGACAUCACAGUCUGGGACAGCGCUACUAUUUCCAACAUAGGAAUAGUAAUCGGUGGUCUGACCUCAUCGGAAAUGUCCACUCUGUCGGAGACGCAGAUUGACAGCAUUGCUGCCGCUGAUGUGGCCUACAUCCCCCCAACAGCGUUUUCAGGUUUCUCUACCACACAGAUUUACACCUUUGAUCCUGCCCAGGCUCAGGCUAGCACCGCCUCCCAGAGGGCCGCUCUCAGUGCGGACCAGUUGUCGGCCCUGUCCUCGGUAUCUGGAGUCAGUUACAGUAACACGGCCGCUGGUGUCCAGUGCUCCGUCCUCCUGGCCAUGCUCUUGGCCUCACUGACCCUGGUCAUCAACAAGGCAUGAACGCAAAGUUUUCACUUCAUUGAAUUUAGUUGCUGUUGAAAUGAACAUUAUAGUUGAGAACAUUGUUUGCUUAUCCAAAAGAGAUUUUAUUUUUUUAUUUAUGAAAUGAAAUAUAUCACCUUUUUUUAUAAAUUGAUUUAUUUGUUAUUUACAGUAGAAGACAAUCUCUUCUAGCAAAAAGUAUGCUUUAUAAGUAACUGUAUUUCUGUUAGAUUCUAUUAAAAAAAAAUAAUUUGAAA